ACUGACUAUUUUUGCAGCUCUUCAUAGUCCCCACCUGUCGUUCAGGAACCAAAUUCAAUCCAUGAGCUUAAAAUGAAGAGAACGUCUGUUAAAAGAUCUAAAAACAAACGAACAUCAGUAAAAGGAAAAUGUUUGUACAAAAAGUCCAAAGAAAACAUACCUCCAUGUUCAACUCCUUCGCAAAAUAAAGCUGUAAGGGACCAUGUAAAGACAAUUUUAGCGCAUACUCCUUCACAUCUGAAUGUCACUGCUUCAGCGGAUCAAGGAAGUCCAGUCAGUGCUCCAAUAAUUAGCCAGACAAAUGUGAAAGGAAACCUAACUAUAAAUCAAAACUUUUCAGUGGUCUUGCAGAAUCCCUCUGAUGGUAAUCCUUUGCCUGAGAAUACCUCAGAUGUAGAAGAGGGGACAUAUGAUGACUAUCAAAUUCUGCCUUCACACAACACUGAACAGGUCACUCAAAAAUGUGAAAGCUUUCAUCGUCGGAGACACUUGUCCUUCAAAAGUUGUUUGGAGCAACAUACAUUAACUCUUGCAGAGGUGAAAAAGGACACAAAUCACUUAAGAGAGGUUACUGUUACCGGACAGAUUUUAGACUUUCAGCCUGCAAUCAGCAUUCUGCAGAAUGAAGAAGGGAUUCAAUAUUCACAUUAUAUUCUGUAUGAUACCACUGCUAAAGUUCACUUGAGUUUAGCAGAUAAAUUUAUUGUAACCAUCAAUCAGUGGUAUAUAUUUAAAAGUCUUUCCAUCUGUGACUUUGGCAAGGGAAAUGUGCUUUGUUCAACCCAACUCACAACACUGGAGUCGUUUACACCUUUAGCAGACAAUCUACAGAAGCCUGAAGAGACUGUCAUCUCAGGGAAGGUCACAGAGGCAUUAUUGACCUUUGAAUAUAUUUGUUCAUGUGGUGCCACACUCUCUUUUUCAAAUCCCAAAUUGUUCCUUAUUAAAUGCAACAAGUGCAGAAAAAGCUGCAGGUGUGAAAAUGUUCAAAACAGAGCCAAGGCCAGUGUAACCAUCAAACAGCCAAAUGGAACAGACCAGAGAGUGGUGUUAAAUGACGCACUGCUGCACUCCAUUUUCAGCUUUAAGAGAGAGGGAUACUGUGACAGUCAGCAGCUAGAGGCCCGUCUGCUGAGAGCUGAGAGAAUGACUGUUGUCUAUGUGGAUGAUGAGCCUCAGCGUGUGCUAAUAGAAGCAGUGGAAGAAGCAAAGGAUAUGGCAAAAAAAAAAAAAUCUAGAUGCUGUGCCUUUUAAUGUAUUUUUCCUUAAAGGUUUAGUAAUUUCCAAACCCAUUAGAAAUUAGUUUGUCUUUGUAACACAAAUUAAGGUAUUUUUAAUGACACCUGAGAUAUUUCUGUCUAUCAAU